AUGGAUAACAAAUGGCGGAACGCUUUUGGGGGCGUCGCUCGUAUAUGGCACGCACUUGGGAGGGAUGCGCUCUGGGUCAGCGACCCUCAAGCCAUAAAUUAUAUCCUGGGGAAGGGUGGUUACGCAUUCGAGAAGACACCAGAGCGCAGAGCGACUGCUCUGCUGCUCGGAGAUGAGGGAAUCGACGGCGCAGAUGGUGCGACUCAUAGGAGGCAGAGAAGAGUGAUGGAACCUGCGUUCACAGUACCUGUAGUCAAGGCGUUUUCCCCAACCUUCGUGCAAUACGCGGAGAGUCUCUGCUUACAAUGGACAGACCUAAUCGACGGCUCACCCGGUGGAUCGAGUGUCGUAAACAUAGCCGAUGACUUAAACUGUGCGAUGGUAGAUACUGUGUGUGAUGCUGCAUUUGACUACCAUACUGGAUGUUUGCAAAAUGCUGACAACCAGCUUGGAAAGUCGUACAUGAACCUUAUGUCAGCGUUUGGCUCUCGCCCCUCGAGCGCGCGGAUCGUGUUUGAUUAUUUCACCGAAUAUCUCACGCCACGAUUCGUAGCGGCAUUGUACCGAAAUCUGCCCGUUAAGGGCUUCGCCAAAUUGCGUCACAACCGCGCAGUCGCAUAUACGAUAGCCGGAGAGCUACUCGAGCAAAGGCUCACGGGGAACCUCCCGGGGACAGCCCAACUUGGUCUCAUGGACGUCUUUGCGCGAGCGACUGUUUCCCCCGACGCGAAUUCGAGGAUGAGCCGCUCUGAGAUGACAUCACAGAUGCGAAUCAUCAUGUUUGCGGGCUCGGAGACAAUGACGAACACCUUGACCUUCGCACUCCUUGAGCUUGCCAGGCACCCGGAAUAUCAGCAUCGUCUUCGCGCUGAGAUCCGAGCAGCAGGGAAAGAUGGUCGCGCACGAGGCGCUGGAGGGAUCGCUCUCACAGAUGUGGAGGCCAUGCCCUUCCUGCAAGCCUUCAUCAAAGAGGUAAUACGCUUCCAUCCUGUUGCUCCGUACCUCUAUCGGAGGCCAAUGGAGAACGACGUGCUGCCACUGUCCACGCCGAUCACGUCGCGCUCGGGGAAGGUGAUUCGAGAAGUUCCAUUCCUAAGGGUCUUCGUCUUGUACUCUCCAUUCCAGGAUUCAACAGGUUAG